GAGUUGCUGAUGAGGAUGCUAGAGGUGUUUGUACUCAAGUUUAAGACUAUUGCCAAGAUACAGUUGCCACAGAUACUGUCAAAAUGUCAAAAGCAGCCAAAUCAGACGGCCACCGACCCAAGCAAGCCUGGAGAGUCUAAGACCCCACCAGCUACAACCCCCACUGUUUCAAGUAUUCCAACAACUCCAGGAGUAGUACCGGAGACCCCUACAUCAUCUGACGUGAAACCACCUCUAGGUAGCGUCUCUGCUGACAUCAAAGAGUCAAGUGCUGCGAAAGAUAAUGAUAAGCCACAGAACAGAUUUGGUGUGACACCUAGUCAGUACAACACAUACUCUGUGGCCGACUGCCGUGGUUUGGUGAAGACUUUGGUAUGUGGUGUGAAAACAAUCACCUGGGGUAUUGUGUCAUGCAAGGCUACUGGUACAGAUGUGACGGAUACAAGCCUAGUUCAGAACAAACAGUUCUUACCGAAGGAGACUCUGGUGUACGUAAGACUGGUGAGGUAUGCCCUACAGGCGCUGGAUAUCUACACGAUUAAUGUGUCACCUAAUGGACAAGCUGUAGUUAGACCUGCUGUGGUACAGACGGUAAGAACUAAAGAAGAAAAGGAAGUACUGGAACAUUUUGCUGGUGUUUUUACGAUGAUGAGCCCGUUCACAUUUAAAGAGAUAUUUGCAACUACCAUAGAGUUUAUGGUUGAUCGUAUACACAACAACUACGCAUUGCAGAUUGUUGCCAACACUUUCCUCGCUAACCCAUCGACGUCCGCUACGUUUGCCACGAUACUUGUGGAGUACUUGUUGGCAAGACUUGAGGAAAUGGGAAGUAACAUGGAGAGAAGUAAUCUAUACCUGAAGUUAUUCAAGCUGGUGUUUGGCUCUGUGUCUUUGUUUGCAAAUGAGAAUGAGCAAAUGUUAAAGCCUCACUUGCAUACUAUAGUCAAUCGUUCCAUGGAGCUUGCGAUGAGUGCCAAGGAGCCGUACAAUUAUUUUCUCCUGCUACGAGCAUUGUUCCGCUCCAUCGGUGGCGGCAGUCAUGAUCUUCUGUAUCAAGAGUUCCUUCCCUUGUUACCAAAUUUGUUACAAGGCUUGAACAGUUUACAGAGUGGCUUACAUCGGCAGCAUAUGAAGGAUUUGUUUGUAGAAUUGUGUUUGACAGUUCCCGUGAGGCUCAGUUCCCUCUUGCCAUACCUGCCCAUGCUGAUGGACCCACUAGUGUCCGCCCUCAACGGAUCCCAAACCUUAGUGAGUCAGGGUUUACGAACACUCGAGUUGUGCGUGGACAACCUGCAACCAGAUUUCCUGUACGAUCACAUACAGCCGGUCAGAGCAGAGUUAAUGCAAGCUCUGUGGAGAACAUUACGGAACCCCGUAGACAACAUUGCUCAUGUGGCAUUCAGGGUGCUUGGAAAAUUUGGUGGCGGCAACAGGAAAAUGUUGAGAGAACCUCAGACACUACAAUUCAACGACAAGGAGACAGUGGGUCCCUGUAUAUCUAUAUAUUUCCAAGAUUGCAAGACGCCCGUCUCGUUACCAGUAGAGAAGGCUAUCGAUGCGGCCCUGACGGCCCUCAAGUGUAGCAGCACGGACACCUACUACCGACGGCAGGCCUGGGAACUCAUCAAAUGCUUCCUUGUCUCCGUCAUGAACCUUGAGGACGACAAACCCACCCUGGAUAACUUGUUUAAUCAUCCGAGUUUUACAGAGAAAGAGAUUCCAGCGCCAAAUAAUCAGCUGUACAAGAAUCCAGAUUCUCACUCGAGAAAAGUUCACGAGCAAGCUUUGACUGGGAUGUUUGUUGCGGCUGCCAUUAAAGAACUACGACAGUCGGCGCUUAGGUUCAUGGGUUGUAUGGUACGUCACUACACAAUGAUAGCCAUAUCGCAGCAGUGCGGGCCGUUUCCGGUGGGCGAUAGGCAGAAUAAACUACAGGGUAUGGACACGCAGAUAUUGAUAGAUGCCCUGGCUGUGAUCAUGGGGCACGAGGAGAAAGAGUUAUGUAAACCUGGCAAUCUGGCCCUAGUUUUGAUUCUUGAUACGGCUACAACGAUACUUGGCUCAAAAGAAAAGGCUUGUCAGUUGCCACUGUUUGAGUACCUUGUGGAGAAGAUGUGUUCUCUGUGCUAUGAUAGGGCAUGGUAUGCCAAAUUUGGAGGCUGUUUAGCUAUUAAGUCUAUGAAUGAGCGAAUGGCUUUACGUUGGGUGCUCGAACACCAGUUCCACUUCCUGAAGGCGCUGUUCUUUGUCAUGAUGGACCUGACGGGUGAGGUAUCUAGCGGGGCUGUGGACCUGGCCAAGUCGAACCUGGACUCGAUGUUGAUGAUGUGUGCGAGGAAGCUGGAAGGGGAGAACGCCAACGAGGACAUGUUGUACGUACAGAAGAAAUCAUUCCAUGAUGUGACAUACGAGCUCGUACGGCAGGUCACCUCACCAAAUACAACAGUGAGAGAGACGGCUAUGAAAUCACUGGAGACACUGGCCCAGGUGACCAGCCAGACUGUAACGGCCAUCAUGGAGCCACAUAAAGAAGUAUUACAGGAUAUGAUUCCACCGAAGAAACACCUGUUACGACACCAACCAGCAAAUGCUCAGAUUGGCCUUAUGGAUGGUAACACAUUUUGUACUAGUUUGAACCCCCGAUUGUUUACGAUUGAUCUGAAUAUUACGGAGCACAAUGUCUACUUCCAAGAGUUACAAAACCUGUGUGAUGCUGAGGACUCCGUGUUACUGAAGUUGCCCUGUUAUAAAUCGGUUACCAACCUAUUACCACUGAGGAAAAGUGCACUGAGAGCCUUAGCAGCUUGUUCCUAUAUAACUACAAAGAGAGAGAAAAUAUUUGCAGUGUUAUACAAAGCCUUGAACAGUAAAACAAGUGAACUUCAAGAGGUGGCCCAUGACUGUAUGAAAAAGUUUAUUGCCAGUGGUCAUAUAGAGAUGGAGAUUGUACAUGGUGCUAUGCGGCCGCUACUGCUGAUGCUGGGAGAUUAUCGUAACCUGGACCUUAACGUAAUUCAACGACUGUCCAGUCUGACGCAGCUGUUCCCAAACACGUUUAACGAGAAGCUGUGUGAACAACUGCUGACUCAUCUUAGGAAGUGGCUCGAGAUAGCACAGGGAAGUCAGAAAUCUGGUCAGGUCAGAGCCACUGGUCAGGAACUGAAGAUCUGUGCCGCUAUUAUCAACAUAUUUCAUCUUAUACCAGCUGCCAGUAAGAAAAUGAUCGAGCCUUUACUCAAGGUUGCCUUACAUGGAGAGAAAACACUACUCAUGGAGCCUGGAAGUCCGUUCCGAGAACCAUUGAGGAAAUUUCUGGUGAGAUAUCCAUUACAAACUGUGGACUAUCUGAUGAAUGAUACAAACAUUAGGGACAUUCAGUACCUCAGAUAUUUUGUGUAUCUUCUUGGUCACAAAGACGGUCAGCCAUUCAGAGAUGUGAUGAAAACGCAGUUUCCUAAAUUGAUUUCCAUGCUUACAGGGAAUGCUCAGGCUCAGCUGACAUUGACAAUAAAUCAGCAACAACAGAAUGUGACACCUGCUGCACAUGGCGAGCUAGAGUACCAGGGCAUUGUUCUCACUCAUACCCUGGUCAGACACGAAGACGAUUGGUUGUCAAACCAGUCACAACUGGUACAAUGUCUGAAGAAGAUCUGGGUAACAGACGAAUUUCAAGCAGAUAAGUCGGUACAGGAUAUCUCUGACUACACUCACUGGAAGGUCCCAUCUCUAGUUGUGAAAUGUUUGCUGAAUUAUUUCAAACACAAUGUGAAUGAGAUAGAGCUAUUGUUUCACAUAUUGAGAUGUUUCACUUCACGUCACGUGCCACAGUAUCAGUUUGUUAAAGAUUUCCUAGACAACACUGUAGCUGCUAGUUACUCUGUGGACUGGAAGAGGAAAGCGUUCUUUAGAUUUGUUGAAGUUUUCCAUGAUGCUGCCUGGAAUCAAGUUCUCAAGGCUAAGAUUAUUCAGUAUGUCCUUCUGCCUUGCUUUCAACAAUCGUUUGAGUCGGGUGACGGGGAGAAAUUGAUCGGUGGUCCGGCUCAACCGGAUCAAGAUAAUCCAGACAAUAUCGUCAGUGUUUUUAUCAACAAGGUCAUUGAUCCGGAAAAUCCUUUCGGGAAUUCCGACGCCGUGAGGAUAUUGUUGUUACAGUUCUCAUCGUUACUGGUGGAACAGGCCGCACCUCAUGUACAUGAUGCUGCCAACAAGAAACAAGGGAACAAAUUGAGGCGCUUGAUGACAUUUGCAUGGCCUUGUUUAUUGAUGAAGAACUGUAUAGACCCUGCCACAAAAUAUCAUGGUCAUCUUUUACUGUCACACAUCAUCGCCAAGUUUGCUAUCCACAAACGUAUUGUAUUACAGGUAUUUCAUAGUUUGUUGAAGGCACAUGCAGUAGAGGCUCGGACUGUGGUGAGGCAAGCUCUAGAAAUACUUACACCAGCGAUGCCUGGAAGAAUGGAGGAUGGCAAUGGCAUGUUGACACACUGGACGAAGAAGAUAAUCGUUGAAGACGGUCAUUCGGUAGCUCAGUUGGUACAUAUACUACAACUCGUGGUUCGACAUUAUAAGGUAUACUACCCGGUGAGGCAUCAUCUGAUCCAGCAUAUGGUCAACUCACUACAGAGACUCGGCUUCACGCAGAGUGCAACAAUCGAGCAUCGUAAGCUAGCAGUGGACCUGGCUGAGGUGAUAAUAAAGUGGGAAAUACAGAGAAUCAAGGAGGACAAUGAUCCACCUGAAGCCUCUGGUGAUGUGACUGCAGGGGCAGUAAAGAGGGCAGGGUCAGUGGAUCCACCGGGUGAGGUGAAGAAGGCCCGCUACUCAAGUGGGGCUGUAGGGAGCCCUGAUCCUGCCACCAAGUCAACAGAGAGUACAAAACCUAUAGAAAAAUCUUACUGUGAUGCUGUGGUGAACUUCUUACUCAGGAUUGCAUGCCAGGUGAGCGAGGUGGCAGGCUCUCCUGGUGAAGUGCUGUCAAGAAGAUGUGUGGCACUGUUGAAGAUGGCCCUGAGACCUGACGUGUGGCCGAACACCGAGUUGAAGCUGGCAUGGUUUGAUAAACUUCUCAAUACUGUAGAGAGUCAGCAGCCAAACUUUAACAACAUUUGUACUGCCCUAGAGUUGUUGUGCUUCCUUCUUACAAUAUUGAAGAAAGAGCAGAUACUUGCAAGCUUCAAACCUCUACAGAGAGGUAUAGCUGCGUGUAUGAACUGUCCGAACACGAAGGUUAUACGCGGAGUACACAGUCUACUGUCACGCUUGAUGAGCUUCUUCCCGACUGAACCAGUCAACUCGAACGUAGCGUCCAAGUACGAGGAGCUGGAAUGUCUGUACGCGUGUGUCAGCAAGGUCGUGUACGAGGGUCUCACCAAUUAUGACAAGGCAACGAAUGGAUCAACAUCACAGUUGUUUAGUACUCUGAUGAUACUGAAGGCAGCGUGUAUACACAACCAGUGUUAUAUUGACAGGCUGAUCACAACGUUUAUGAAAGUACUCACUAAAAUGGCCAGAGAACAUCUUCAGCCUAGUACAUCCGAGGCCAGUCCAGUUGCCAGUGAACUUCUCAUACUCAGCCUUGACCUUGUAAAGAAUCGGGUCGUCGUCAUGUCGAUGGAGAUGAGGAAAAGUUUUAUAGGUCAAAUCUUGGUCGGGCUGAUCGAGAAAACUCCAGACAGUAAAGUGAUGAAAGCCAUCACUAAAAUGGUGGAAGAUUGGGUAAAAACUAAGGGAACAAUUGCUUUGAAUCAGUCACCAUCUAUCAGAGAGAAGGCCAUCCUGCUGGUGAAACUGAUGGUACAUAUAGAGAAAAGGUUCAAUGAUGACCAGGAACUGAGUGCACAGUUCCUGGAACUUGUCAUCUACAUUUACAGGGACGAAGGUCUAAGUGGUACAGAGUUGACUACGAAACUAGAGCAGGCUUUCCUGUCAGGUCUACGAUGUCAACAGCCUCAUAUCAGACAGAAAUUUGUCGAGGUUUUUAACAGCAGUAUUCCACGUCGAGUAUUUGAACGCCUUCUAUAUAUAACGUGUUCACAGAACUGGGAGCUGAUGGGAGGCCACUUCUGGAUUAAACAGUGCAUUGAGUUACUGAUGUCUGUGGCCGUAAAUGGUCACACUAUACAGAGCGCCUCGUCGCUUAACCUGUUACCCUCGGCCAGCAGUAUUGUGAGCUUGGCAGACAGUCAGGAUCGCGCUCACUUCGCCACCAUCAUGAAGAUGAAAGAAGAACCCAUGGAUAUCGAGGCAUUAGAUUCAAACAAGGAGGACGAUGAGAUAGAUAUAGAACUUGGUGUAGCAUCGGAUGAGGCAACACAGAAAGAAUCCCCGAAGAAGGAGAUACAAGACCCGAAACAGAACUUACAGACGUUACUACAGAGACAGGCCAAAUUCCUCGAAAACUGUCGGGAAAUAAAGACUGUGCAGUAUUUGGGAGCACUGAGUCAGUUAUGUCACAGUUCAACAGAUCUCAGUCAUAUUUUGUGGAUGGAUUUAUACCCGAGGAUAUGGAAGGUUCUCUCGGAAAAACAACAACAGAUGUUAGGAGCAGAGUUAGUUCCCUUUAUGUGCAGUGGCAGCCAUGUUGGACAGAAGGACUGUCAUCCGAGUGCAAUACACACAUUUGUCGAGAGUCUGGCCCUCUGUGUACCACCAGUGCCUAUCAGACCUAGUAUACUUAAGUAUUUGGGUAGGACACACAACCUCUGGUACAGAUCUUGUCUUCUCCUGGAACAGAUUGCCUUUGAUAACGCACCAUCAGGUCUAGUGAAAAGAGGCGGGGCUAGUGAGUACGAGUUUGAACCCUCAGGAUCUAAUGCUCCAGGACAGGAGACACUAGAUGGCCUGUGUGACCUCUAUAGCUUAUUAAAGGAGGAGGACAUGUGGGCGGGGCUAUGGCAGAAAAGAUCGAAGUUUGCUGAGACCAAUACAGCCAUAGCCUACGAGCAACAUGGAUUCUUUGAGCAGUCGCAGAGCUCGUAUGAAGCAGCAAUGGCUAAAGCAAGAUCUGACCACAAUGCAGGGGCAGCAUCACCCACCAUUAUACCUGAAUACAGACUGUGGGAGGACCAUUGGAUCAGAUGUUCUAAGGAAUUGAAUCAGUGGGAUCAUCUGUUAGAGUAUGCCAACUCUAAAGGCAACACAAACCCUCAUCUUGUAUUGGAGAGUGCAUGGAGAGUACCAAACUGGGCGCUCAUGAAAGAUGCUCUCUCACAGGUUGAACUGAGUUGCCCCAAGGAGAUGGCAUGGAAAGUGAACUUGUAUCGAGGAUAUAUCGCCAUCUGUCACCCUGACGAUCAUCAUUUAAAUAUGGUAACUAUGAUUGAGAGACUAGUGGAGCUGUCCAGUAAUUUGGCAAUUAAAGAAUGGAGGAGGCUACCUCAUAUUGUCACACAUAUACAUGUUCCACUCUUACAGGCUGCCCAGCAGAUCAUGGAGUUACAGGAGGCUGCCCAGAUCAACCAGGGUCUUCAACCUGCCAACAUCACCCGCAGUACUAGUCUUCAUGAUAUGAAAGCUAUUGUCAAAACUUGGAGGAAUCGUCUGCCUAUGAUAUCCGAUGACCUGUCUCACUGGAGUGAUAUAUUUACCUGGAGACAACACCAUUAUCAGUUCAUUGUAAACCAUUAUGAUGCUGCACAAGAUCAGCAAAACAAUCAUUCGAUGUUGGGAGUACAUGCCUCGGCUCAGGCUAUCAUACACUUUGGUAAGAUUGCCAGAAAGCAUAACUUGUCUGGUGUCUGCCUCGACUCUCUUAGCAGGAUUCACACAAUACCCAGUGUUCCGAUAGUGGACUGUUUCCAGAAGAUUAGGCAGCAAGUGAAAUGUUACCUACAGAUGGCUGGAUCCAUGGGCAAGCCUGAGUUAAAUGAAGGACUAGAGGUUAUAGAGUCAACCAAUCUGAAAUACUUCACUAAAGAGAUGACAGCAGAGUUUUAUGCCCUGAAGGGAAUGUUCCUAGCCCAGACAGGUCGCUCUGAUGAUGCUAACAAGUCGUUCUCGGCAGCUGUACAGAUGCAUGAUACUCUAGUUAAAGCAUGGGCAUUGUGGGGAGAUUAUCUUGAAUCUGUCUUCACCAGGGACAAACAAAUCAACCUUGGAGUAUCUGCUAUCACGUGUUUCCUGCAUGCAUGUCGGCACCAGAACGAGAGCAAGUCACGGAAAUACCUGGCCAAAGUUCUCUGGUUACUGACGUAUGAUGAUGAAAAAUCUACCUUGGCCGAGGCGGUGGACAAAUACUGUGUAGGAGUUCCGCCAGUACAGUGGUUGCCUUGGAUUCCGCAGUUGUUGACGUGCCUGGUUAGAAAUGAGGGACGUCUAAUUAUGAACCUGUUGAGUCAAGUUGGAAGGAUGUACCCACAAGCUGUCUACUUCCCAAUAAGGACUUUAUACUUGACACUUAAAAUUGAACAAAGAGAAAGAUACAAGAGUGGAGAGAUGACAUUAAGCAGGAGUAAUUCUCAGGUUGCCACGACAACAAGUUCCGGUUCCAGUAGUCAGAUAAUGUCACCUACAACACCAGGACUUGUUGUACCAACCACGCUGGAACCCACACUCUCGGUUACAGACACAGUAAGUUCAGGUUCCACCACUUUAACCGCCACAUCUACCACCACUGCCAGUAGUUCCGCCUCGGGACGAGGCAGCUCAAGUCAGUCGGAUGCCGGCCCGAUACGUGCACCAGCUCCGAUGUGGCGGUGCAGCAGAAUCAUGCACAUGCAGCGCGAGCUUCACCCGACUAUCCUGUCGUCGCUGGAAGGUAUCGUUGACCAGAUGGUCUGGUUCCGGGAGAACUGGUAUGAGGAGGUCCUCCGCCAGCUACGUCAAGGUCUGGCGAAAUGUUACGCUGUAGCAUUUGAAAAUAGAGCUUCAGUUGCUGAUGCUACAAUUACUCCACAUACCCUCAACUUUGUGAAGAAGUUGGUCAGUACAUUUGGUGUUGGUAUCGAGAACGUUUCUAACGUAGUCACCACUUUCUCUAGUGCCGCGUCCGAGUCUCUGGCGAGGAGAGCUCAGGCCACGGCACAGGAUCCAAUCUUCCAGAAGAUGAAAAGCCAGUUUACAACAGACUUUGAUUUCAGUGUACCAGGCUCAACGAAACUUCACAAUCUUAUUAACAAGCUUAAGAAAUGGAUCAAAAUUCUGGAAGCCAAGACAAAAUUGUUACCAAAGUCAUUUUUGAUCGAAGAGAAGUGUAGAUUCUUGAGUAAUUUCUCUCUCAACACGGCUGAGGUGGAACUACCUGGUGAAUUUCUACUGCCAAAGCAUAGUCACUACUAUGUGAGGAUAGCAAGGUUUAUGCCUAGAGUGGAGAUUGUACAGAAACAUAAUACUGCUGCUAGACGUCUUUAUAUCCGAGGUCAUAAUGGAAAGAUUUACCCGUACCUAGUUGUAAAUGAUGCUUGCCUCACAGAAUCUCGUAGGGAGGAGAGAGUGCUCCAGUUGUUGAGGAUGUUGAAUCAUUUCCUUACAAAACAAAAGGAGACGAGUAGACGUAUGUUGUAUUUCACAGUGCCAAGGGUCGUAGCAGUCUCCCCUCAGAUGAGACUUGUCGAAGAUAACCCUGCCUCUGUUUCACUACUUGAUGUAUACAAACAGAGAUGUAAUAAGCGAAGUAUCGAGCACGACGCCCCUAUUGCUAGAUAUUACGAGAGGUUACUGACAGUACAGGCGCGCGGCACACAGGCCAGCCACCAGGUGCUGCGGGAUAUACUUAAAGAGGUCCAAAAUAACAUGGUUCCACGUGGACUGUUAAAAGAAUGGGCACUUCAUACAUUCCUUGAUGCGACUGAUUAUUGGAUAUUUAGAAAAACUUUUACUGUACAAUUGGCAUUGAUGGGUUUUGCCGAGUUUGUGUUACAUCUGACGAGAAUGAAUCCCGACAUGAUGUACCUACAUCAAGAUUGUGGUUAUAUUAACAUCUCCUACUUCAAGUUUGAUAUUGAUGACCAGUCAGGAGACCUGGAUGCCAAUAGACCAGUACCAUUCAGACUGACCCCUAACAUUGCUGAGUUCCUGACCUCUACAGGG